AUGGCGGCGAAGACAAAGCGUGCUCAAACAAUUGAUAUUGUAAACUUACCAGUUGAUGGGGCCAGCCUUGUUUUCAUGCAUUGGUUAAAGUGGCUUCCGUUCUUUCCUAAACCCGACAUACGUAUUUUCGACAAGGAAGACACCGGAGAGAAACCUUUGAUUGUGAACUUUCCUUUUCAAAGUCUUCCCGCCGAAAAGCACGCUGUCAAUCCCGACAUUCACUACAAGCUUAGCUCUAAGACCAGAAUCCCCGAGAUGGGAGUGCCAUGCCCUCGGCACAUGUCACGUGAUAAUUAUACACUUCCUUGUAUGAUAAAGGCAGCGCAAGGCCAUGGAAACAGAGGAAUAUUUCUUGUAAGAACAGAAGAAGAAGCAAAACAAGCCUUCGACGAGCUGAGCAGUCACUGCGAAGUUGAACUUGUAGUGACGGAAGUCAUAGAAAAUAUUUCCAAAUGUCUUAGUACUCAGCUAUAUCUCUUUAAAAACGGACACUUUCAUUGGCUGGGUGUGAAAUGCAAAACGAACAUGCCGUUUGCUAAGCGACCCGCGGGAUUUAUCCCGACUCCCGACGUUGAUUGGAAUGAACAGGAGGAGCUGAAAGAACAAUUGGGUGACCUUGUACUACCCGUCACGCAAUACCUUCACCGAAAUGGCUACUUCGGUUUCACUGCCGUAGAAGUCUUAGUCAACGACAAAGGCAGUUUCGUUAUCGACGUAAAUCUUAAAAUUGCAUCAGCAACAAAUCUUCUUCUAAUAGCCCCACACAUGGCUGCUUUGAAUUACCCCGUUUCAUACGUCAUGGAAAUUCUUCCUACUAACAUAAAGCAUUUACUGGAAGCUAUAGACCAUCUUAAUCUUCAGGCGAAGGGAAGGGUGAUUCUAUUGGCACAUGGCGAACUUUCUGUAGACAUCCAACGCAAGGCUUGCGUUGUUGUCUUCGCGAGAAAUUGCGAGGAUGCUUUUAAACUUCAACGAGAACUAAUCAAAGUUGCAGGUAGUGAAUUUUCUCGCGUUACUGAUAUAGAUCCUUAAUGUCUUACUCAAAAGGACAACUUCAUUCUAAUUCCAGUAGCACUGUUUGGCUUCGUUUACCCAUUUUAGAUCAUGUGACCCUCUCUGAAGAAUCAGUGUUCCUAUUCUUGUCUAAAAACAAUACAUUCGCCCCCCACACCCCCGUCCCCUAAAUAGGAUUUAUUAAAUUUUAAAGAAUCAUGCUUAAGACUAUCCAUCAUCACAUGAUCUGAAAUAGGUCAAGAAACAGAUUAGCUUAAGAAAUCUACUCCAUAUCAAGCCAGGUGGAAUCAAAUCCGUUUUCUGCUCGGAUUAUGACGUUUUCGUACGCGACAUGUUCGGGAAAUUUCGUGAUUGGUCAAUUAGAAUCUGAAGCUCUUUGGGCAUGAUACGAAGUGUGUCGAAAGUAUAGUUCUGUCUCGGCUCCGUUCCGUUCUCGUUCCUUCGCUGUUUAGACUAGUCAUUUUUCAAUUUCUGCUGCUCUUGUAACGGGUAAAAAAUUUGCUUUACAACAAUGCCCGGAGGCAACAGAGAGGUUACAAACAAUACGUCUGCUAAUCUGCAUGUAAAGUACUGAAAAAAAAAAAGAAUUCACCAAUAGUACAAAUUACCAAAAACUAACAAAAAUUUUCUGCCGUUAUGGAAUUGUAAUCGAAAAUAAGUAUUUAUAUCACGAAUUAUGAUACAGUUUGAAUUCUGCAAGCGCUCACAUGGGCUAAACUAUGUUUCACAGUAAAGCGUGUUUAAUUAAGAAGCCUAAACCAUUCAUAAUAAGAAAAAAACUGUCUCUCGUUCUUAAAUCUCAGUUGUUUUAUGACAGUAUAAUAAUUGUUUAGAUUUCUUUAUUUGUUAAACAAAGCGAAUCGAAAUUAAGCUCAUUCGCUCGUUUGGAAAUCUCUCAUGCCAGCAGGCCGAAGAAAAAUGCCGUUUGUAUGUUUAUAAUACAUAAUAUUUUAAGAGGAAGAGACCUCAAAUCACCAUAAGGUGGUUUUCAGGAGGGUCCUCGGUAAGAGGCUAGGUCACGUAAUUUUAACAGGACUACAUCGCAGUAGAGGCCUCACGCGUCCCUUGGCACAACGAGGAUGCAUAAUAAUGAAAUAGCAGCUAUUUUUUGAAUUGCAUACUCCGAAACGUUUGGCUAUUUUAAAGUAAUGUAAUAAAUUUGACUUGUUCUCAGCAAGGAAUUGCAGUUCAAUAGUCCCUUCUGGACCGUUAUUUGGAGAAGCGUUGCGUUACACCCAAGUACCGGCUCCGAAGGAGAACAGCAUGAGUCACGCUUUGAAUUAUCUCCAAGUAUGGAAAAGUAACAUAAGGGGAGUUACAAGUUUUGUAUAAAAAUGGGUUUCUAGUACAGAACAGGCCACUGUUCAUUUGCUAAUCAUUUGUGAACGAGAUAUUAGCCUUAAAUUUGUUGUUAAAAUAAAGUUUUUAUUCUUGCUCCUAACCGAGCUAAACAUUCGCUUCCCACUCCAGCAAAUACUAGUCCGUACCCGAACCUCCUUGUCGUGCGACGAGCAACUAUUCGUUUCAAUAGGUUCUCAUUUUUUCAAUUAAAGCACUUUUAUAGGGCCCUUAUUGUAUACCACUGUUGGUCCCUGGAUAACGUUCCCGCCAUGGAUGUUAUGUCUUUUGAUCGACCAUAUAACCACCCUAUCUCCAAGCGAGCAUGUGGAGAUCAUAUCAGACAUUUGUAUAUGCGGUAUUUUAUUGAAAUAAACCUUAAACUUUGCUCCAACUUAAGAUAUAUAUUACGAAAUCUCCAAUAAAUAAACGCUUUAAAAAAGUGCGGUGUUUUCUAGUUACGCGAUCCAACUCCAAGAUGCAAGUUAUUUCAGUAGCUGUCACCGAAGUCAUAGGUCUGCAAUGAAGGUUGUGUUCAUUCCAGCUCGAAAUUGAAUCCUUGUUUUGUAAGCAUUGCCUGGGUUUUGAAGCUGCCAAGGAGAUACUCCCUUUCUGCGCGUUUUUCAAACACUGGUUCUCUCCCAUUGGUUCAUUAGAGUGCCAUUUCGAUAUUUCCCGUUAGAUUACGAUAGCGUUAUGCAAUUUUCUGUUGAAAUCACUUGCGUGACUCGACUCCUGUGACCUGAAUCGCGUGACUGAAUGAAUACACUUCAUCUGUUCAUGUAUGCUUCACACCUGUCUUACAUAAAUAAUUUUGCAUCCUUUACGAAUAAAAAUAUAUCACUUUGA